AUGAACAAAAAUGCGCUUUUUAAAGGUCGCAGCACUCUUGUUGCCAUGGUAACAACGACUGCUUGUUCGAGGCCUGGGGCCUCAUUUUCAUACAAAAACGUCGCAAAAAAAGAGUGAAAUGUUUAUUUCUCUAUCUCAAGCUAAAUACAUCAUUACAAAUUGGUACUUCUACCAUACAUAGUGACAUCAUUCGUCUUCGCUUUGAUUUAUUCAAUUUUCCCUGAGAGUGAAUGUAAACACACCAGUAGAUUAUUCAUCUCGGUACACUUUCGGUCAUUUUUGUUAUCUAGUAAAACAGGGAAAACGUUUAUCUGAAUUUCUCCAAAAGUACACCGAUUCUGGAACUGAAACUAUCCACCUAGCUGGUUAUAAUAUUCUAGUUUUUAAAUAUGAAAAAUCUCUGCGGGUCUGCCUCUACUUUUUAUAGGGGCAAUUCGCGAAAAAAGCUCGAAAUCAGAUAAUUUGCGUAAUUUGCAUAAUUUGGCGAUGUUUACAUCUAAUGUUCUCAACAACAAAUGUUUCAGAAAAAUGAAAUAUGCGAGGCUUUGAAAGAAUGUUAUCUUAUGAGCAAUAACCUGAAGAGAAAUCUCGCCUCUAGUUGUCAUCUUUUAGAGAGGAAAACCUUGACUGAACGCUCGUAAACACUGAGAAUCUAAGAGUAUAAAUCGUAACUUGUCAGCCGCAGUACUACAUGUAAAACCCAGUUGCAAUUAGCAAUUUGAGCGACAUAGGCAUCUCCUUACAAAGAGCAGAUUCGAGCAGUUAUCAUUUCCUUGUGACAGGAACUAAGAUAUUUCAAAUCAUCUGAAAACUGUCAGAAAGCUGUUAAAAAAUUUGCAUAAGAUAUGACGAGGAAAGACUUAUCACUGCCGCAGUGCUAUCGAGUCAAUCAAUGUUUUCUUCCAUGACUUGAUAGAGAAAAAAUUAUAACAAAGUUCGAAAUAAAAGAUUUAAUGAAAUAAUAAUGUCACAAUUCCACCUUUCAAACAACUUAUUAUCCACAUGCAAAUCGCAAGUUGUCACUUGAACGAAACUCUCCAUGGUUAAUAUGUAAUCUGGAUUGCUUCAUGUCCUUCAGGGAAAAGAACAGCGAUUUCAUCACCAUUAUUUUCCAUACUUUUCUCCCGGAUAUCUUUUAUAAGCUUAAAGAAAGAUGAAUAUAACGCAAUCUCUCAGUGAUCUACCCGAGAGGAAGUUUUAAUUUAUGCAAUAUGUUUGAGUCGGUUCUGUCUUCUGUAAAUACAAGAAUCGACAAGGUUGUCAAAUCUGUCGCGGAACUAAAAGCGAGCCUAGAAUAUUCACAACAAGAUAUUGACGACUUGAAGGAAGCUGCAGACGCCAUAGACGAAAUGGAAGAAGAACUUGAUGACAUCCAAACAGGGUUACAUAAACAAGAAGAAAAAUUGGUAUACCUUGAGAACCAAAGCCGUAGAAACAAUGUCCGCAUCGAUGGAAUUCCCGAACAACACAACGAGACCUGGCUGAAUACUGAAACAAAGGUGAAGGAAGUACUACAGGAGAAACUAAACCUGAGCUUUGAGCCGAUGAUCGAGCGAGCGCAUCGCACCGGAGCAAGACCAAGAUCAGGUGCUGCUGAUGGUAUCAACACACGCCCAAGAACCAUUGUGUGUCGUCUGCGCGACUGGAGGCAGAAGGAUGAUAUUCUUAGAGCCGCCCGAAGGAUAAAACCAUCUGGUAUAUUUGUGAAUGUCCCCCGGAUAUCUUUUAUUUCCAACUUCCUAGAGGAAUUAGAUUGUAUUGAUUGGCUCAAAUAGACGAAAGAUGAAUAUAACUAAAGCUUACAAUUUUCUUUGAAGAAACUCAGUGAUCUACCUGUCAAGCAGAAAAACAAACUAUACAAGAGGAAGUCAAAAUUUGUCGAAUUUAAUAACGUUAGAUCUGCCCCACAGGGGAUUCCCUGUGGGGUGCCUCAGUUCUAUUCUUGGUCCCUUAUUUUUAUCCUGUAUGUUAAUGAUUUGAACAAUGCUUCCCUGCUUGAUGCAAUCUUGUUUGCUGAUGAUACAAACUUAUUUAUCUCCCAUAAUGACCCUGUUUACCUAAUUAACACAUUAAAUAGAGAAUUAAACUCUUUAAUUUUCCCUGAGGGUACUUUUUAUGUUUUCAUUCAAGAACUCUACACUCCCUUCCAAAUUCAAUAACUUUUUUUACUGAAUAGUCAAAUCCACAAUUAUAAUACUAGGAAUGGUCCUUCCGUUUUGCCACUGUGCAGAACGAACACAAGGAAGUUUUCCGGCUCACCAGGAAGAAAAAGGAGAUCGUUAGGUCUAAUAACGUUAGUCUGUGGAGAUUAUCAAGCUAAUAACUGAGAAGAUUGUGCCCUUUGGUUCAUCAGUGACAGCAUUAAUUAUUUCAAAUCUGUAUUUCUCGGUCCAGGCGACACCAAAAAUAGUUCCUUUGUAAUUUUGUAUGCACUUUCGAUAGUAUUUUAUUGUCAAGGGAAACAAAUCUCAAGGCUCAAAGCCAAUAUAACGUUCGAGCACGUGAAAGACUCCCUGAAAAAAGCUAAAUUUUGGAAAUUGAUUGUGAUGAAAUCCCUGUUCCGUUUUCCGAACUGCAGGGAUACUGAGUAGUUCAAAAUCUCCACUUUGAGAUGAUUUUCGCGCGGGUCGUACAAAUUGCUAUUGUGGCGACUGGGUUUUACACGUAUUACUGCCGCUGACAAGCUGCGAUUUCUGCUCUUAGAUUCUCAGUGUUUACGAGCGUUCAAUUGAGGUUUUCUUCUUUUUUUUUGGUUGUUUUUACUUAGAAUGAGCGGGAAUCUGCUGAUAUAUACAAAAAUGUCCAUUUCUCGUCUUCUUUGGGGCGAUCGAUGGAAACUUCAUGGAGAAAUACAGCGUUACGCAAUCGUAACAACGUACAUGUUUAUGACAAAUGACCGGUGUGAGGAUACUUUCGUGUAGAUCAGCAGACUUCAACAUGUUUCAAAUGACAUACAAGUAUAUCAGUGUAUCUUCAGAGGACUUCGGAUUGCUCAAAUUCCCAUGAAAGAAGGUGCAGCACUCGGAAUCUGGAUGAUAUGCACACAAUUUGAGGUAUAUGUUUGUAGUUACGUCGAGUAG